UUUCUAAUGAACAACUUCGAUGGUUCGCAACAAAAUUACCAUCAAGUGUUCGACAUCUUGAAAUAAGAUAUUGGUCUAUUUGCGCUCAAGAUUUAGAAGACAUGCUUUCAAUAUGUGGUCGAAAUCUACAUUAUAUAGCAUGGGGGUUUACUGAUGUUAAAGUUGUAGGUGAUCAAAAAUAUUUUAGUCACGUUAUUUCUGAGUUUUGUAAGAAGGAAUCAAGAAAGAUUAAGAGAAUAGGUUCUCCGCAAUUUUCUUGUUUUAGUGAAGAUAAUCAUCAAAAUAAUGGAACUGUGCAAAAAGAUUUAUGUCAUUGGGAACAAAAAAAAAUGACCAUAACGAUUGCACAUUUUAUUUCCGAUAGUUUACCAGUUGCUAUAGAGAAGAAUUCGACGAUUCUCGUAAAUUUAUAUGGGACAACGUAUGGAAGACAUGGAUACGGUUUUAAAGAUCUUAUAAAACAAAGACUUAUUUAG